UUCUUUUAUUUCUGCUCUAUGAGUUUUCUUAGUCAUGAGGUAGCAAAUGGGCUGAGUCCCUACCUCAGGCUUAGGGGCACAGAGAUGAGUCAAACAUGGCUUCUCAGGCUUGCAGUCUUGGGGGACGAAAUCCCUGAGUCAUUUCCAGAGACCCAGCCAUUUGUAGGGAGGUUAAUAUCCCAGCCUUACCACAUUAGGCUAGGAAGCCAGAAACUAAGGUCAAUAUUCUGUUCUCUGACCAUCCCUGCUGCCUAACCCUUCUUUAUUCAAAGUGUGGUCCCUACCUAGCCAGGCACGGUGUCUCACGCCUGUGAUCCCAGUACUUUGGGAAGCCAAGGCAGGUGGAUCACCUGAGAUCAGAAGUUUGAGACCAGCCUGGCCAACAUGGUGAAACCCCGUUUCUACUAAAAAUACAAAAAUUAUCCGGUGUGGUGGUGCGCACCUGUAGUCCCACCUACUCAGGAGGCUGAGGCAGGAGAAUUGCUUGAACCCAGGGAGGCGGAGAUUGCAGUGAGCUGAGAUCGCACCACUGUACUCCAGCCUGAGUGACAGAGCAAGACUCUGUCUCAAAAAAAAAAAAAAAAAAAAAAGUGUGGUCUCUAAACCAGCAACCUUGGAGCUUGUUAGGAAUAUACUUUCAGGUACUGCUCCAGACCUGCUGAAUCAGAGCCUUUAUUUUAACAAGAUCCCCAGGUGAUUCAUGUACCCUCAACCUCAGGCUCUUCAUCCAUCUAGAGGGGAGGCUAAGGCCAGUAUUUUUGGGGCACUGCCAUGGAGUACUUAGGAGAGCCUGGGAUAAUCAAGAUGGCCUUUGAAGCUUUUGUCCUGUGGGUUGGCACAUGGGCUGAGUUGUUCCAGGUUUGGGUAGGUGAAGCAGCAAGUCCUAGGUAUUAUAGAUUAAGCAUGAGAUGGGGCUCUCAGUAGAAUGGGGAGGGGGAGGCGGCCGAGUUGCAGAUGCAGAGAUGCAGAUCUUUGUGAAGACCCUCAUUAGCAAGACCAUCACCCUUGAGGUCAAGCCCAAUGACACCAUUGAGAAUGUCAAAGCCAAAAUUCAAGACAAGGAGGGCUUCCCACCUGACCAGCAGCAUCUGAUAUUCGCCGGCAAACAGCUGGAGGAUGGCUGCAUGCUCUCAGACUACAACAUCCAGAAAGAGUCCACCCUGCACCUGGUGCUGUGCCUGCGAGGUGGCAUUACUGAGCCUUCCCUCCGCCAGCUUGCCCAGAAAUACAACUGUGACAAGAUGAUCUGCGGCAGCUGCUAUGCUCGCCUGCACCCUGAUGCCGUCAACUGCUGCAAGAAGUGUGGCCACACCAACAACCUGUGUCCCAAGAAGAAGGUCAAAUAAGCCUCUUCCUUCCUGGAAGGGCAACCUCCUGCCCAGGCCUCAUGGCCCUGGAGCCUCAACAAAUUGUCCCUUUGGUUGACUGGAAAAAAUAAAAAAAGAGUAGGGAGGGGUGCAGAGGUCUUACCAGAUCAGUAAAGUACCUACCCCAAGGUGGGGAGGGGAUGAAAACUUACUUGGUGCACGAGGAUCAAAGACCGUGGACUUGGACCCAGUCUUGCACUUUGCACACCCUGAGUCCUUCACAUUAGGGUUCAUAACCUUGUAGUAGCUAAGUGGAUCCAGGGGUGUGUCUGGCUCACCCUUGGCCUUGGCCUUCUGCACGUGGAGGCCAAAAUGCUCCACUUUGG